AUGGAGAAGAAAGACGGGGCAGAUGCGGAAGCCGGCCGCACGACACCAAUACCGUACUGGAAGAUCGUAGCGGACCAGAAAGUAGUCACGCCAGAGAUUGUGAACUGGCCUUACAAGGGAUCUGGCACAGAAGACGACCCAUACCUAGUAGAAUGGAUAGACAACGACCCUCGCAACCCCAUGCUGUUCUCGACAGCUACGAAACUACUCAUCGCCCUUACGGUGGCGUUUGAGACGCUCUGCGUGUCGUUCGGUUCAUCCACGUUCUCUGGCGGAAUUGGUGGUCUUAUACAAGAAUUCGGCGUAAGCCAAGAGAUCGCCAUCCUCGGUCUCUCACUCUUCGUCUUGGGCUUCGCCCUCGGUCCACUUAUAUUCGCACCCAUGAGCGAGCUAUACGGACGGCAAAUCACCUACCUGAUCACCUUUGGAGCCUUUACCGCAUUCAAUGCCGGCACAGCGGGCGCGAAAAACAUCGAAUCCGUGAUCAUCCUCCGUUUCUUCGCCGGCUCCUUCGGGUCAUCGCCGUUGACAAACGGCGGCGGUGUCAUCGCUGACAUGUAUGCCGCAAAGCAGCGUGGUCUCAUGAUGGCCAUCUUCGCAGCCGCUCCGUUUACUGGUCCUGCCCUCGGACCCAUCGUUGGUGGAUUUCUUGGCCAAUACAGAGGCUGGAGAUGGAUAAACGGCAUGGUUGCGAUCUUCGCCGGCUUCAUGUGGAUCUUCGCUGUGCUGUUCGUUCCAGAAACAUAUGCGCCUGUACUGCUGAGGCAACGUGCCACGAAGCUGUCGCAGAUGACUGGAAAGGUAUAUAUUAGCAAGAGCGAUGCGGAUCGUGGGAAGGUUACUCCUGGCGAAGCGCUCAAGACCUCUCUUACACGGCCCUGGAUCCUGCUUUUCCGGGAACCGAUCGUUCUCAUCCUCAGCAUCUACACGGCCAUCAUAUACGGCACACUGUACAUGCUCUUCGGCGCCUUCCCAAUUGUAUAUCAACAGGAGCGUGGAUGGAGCGCCGGUAUCGGCGGUCUCGCUUUCCUCGGCGUUCUCCUGGGGAUGAUCAUCGCGCUGCUCUACGUCAUUUUCGUAGACAACAAAUACUACCAGCGUGCCGUCGAGCAGUCAGGCGGAUAUGCACCGCCUGAGGCUCGUCUGCCCCCAACGAUUAUUGGCGGCAUCGCGCUCCCUGUCGGGCUUUUCUGGUUCGCCUGGACGAAUUACGCCUCCAUCCACUGGAUGGUUAGCAUCGCAGCAGGCGUACCCUUCGGCUUUGGCAUGGUCCUCGUCUUCCUCGGUACCACGAACUACCUCAUCGACUCGUACACCAUCUUCGCCGCCUCCGUUCUCGCUGCGAGCUCUGUCAUCCGUUCCACUUUCGGCGCCGCCUUUCCGCUGUUUACGCGGCAGAUGUACGAGAGCCUUGGCAUCCACUGGGCUUCGACUAUACCGGCGUUCCUAGCGCUGGUUUGCGCACCGUUUCCGUUCUUGUUCUAUAAAUAUGGCGCGCCUAUUCGCAUGAAGUGCAAGUACGCCGCGCAGGCUGACGCUUUCAUGAAGUCGCUCCGCCCACAGACUGAUAUUGAGGAGGAGGAAGUUACCUCCGAUCAUGAGGGUGAGGCGGAGAAGGAGGCGGAAAAGGAAACUGAGGAAAUUGAUUCUGAGGAAGAACGGCCGCGCUUUGAGAGGAUCAAGACGGGGAGGAGUGUGAGGAGUGUGAGGAGUGAAAGAGGCAGGGAGGACGGAUGGAAUGACAAUCCUUACGAUAUCGAUCGCGUCCACACAAGAGAAUCCUUCAGGAGUGAGAGUCGACCAAGAGCUGCGAGUCGAGCGAGGAGUUUACGGAGGACUGCUAGUAGGACUUAA